UUUCUUUUAUAGAGAGAGAGAGAUUCAGUUCAUUGCAGAUCUCAGCCCCACUCUCUGUAUCACACAGCUCACUCUUCAGUCUUCACUUUACACUCUUCAGCUCCCACUUCUUCUACAACAUUUAUAUUUUUAUUAUUUUUUCAAAUUAAAAAAAAAAAAAGAUUUUCCAUUGUUACACCUUCAAGAAAAGCAGCUUAGCUUAGCAGUGGCCAAGGCUACAUUCAAGUUUUUCACUAGAUCUGUUCUAUGCAUUGUGAGGAAAAAGUCACUCUAAAACUCUCUACUACUCCACCUAUAUUUUCUUUCUUCUCUCUUCUGUUUCUGUUUGGUUGCUGAGAAAGUGCGUGAUCAGCAGGUUAUCACACCCUGGAUUAAAGCUUUCAGAGAAUCGUUGUGUCACUCUCUUACAGUAAAAUUUACUACUCUUCAGUAGCUUUCGUAUAAGCCAGAAGAGAAAACAUGCAGAAGCCUCCGCAGCAAGUAGAGUUUGCUCUAAAGGAGACCUCACCGAACAUCGGUGCAGGCGCAAUCUCAGGAGAUAAGCUCUCAUGCACCUAUGACCUUGUUGAGCAAAUGCAGUACCUCUAUGUUCGAGUGGUCAAAGCCAAGGAUUUGCCUGGAAAAGAUGUAACAGGUAGCUGUGAUCCGUUUGUUGAAGUGAAACUUGGGAACUACAAAGGUGUGACUAAGUUUUUCGAGAAGAAAACAAACCCGGUAUGGAACCAGUGUUUUGCUUUCUCUAAAGAAAGAAUUCAAGCUUCAUCAUUAGAAGUUGUAGUGAAAGAUAAGGAUGUUGUUAUUGAUGACAUCAUUGGUAGAGUUAUGUUUGAGCUCAAUGAUAUCCCGAAAAGGGUUCCUCCAGAUAGUCCUUUGGCACCACAAUGGUAUAGGUUGGAGGAUAGGAAUAGUAGAAAGGCUAAAGGAGAGGUUAUGUUGGCUGUGUGGAUGGGAACCCAAGCAGAUGAGGCCUUUCCUGAUGCUUGGCAUUCGGAUGCUGCAGCGGUCGGUACUGAUGGCGUUGCUAAUAUUCGAUCCAAGGUUUACCUUUCUCCAAAGCUUUGGUAUGUGAGAGUCAAUGUGAUUGAAGCUCAAGACUUGCAGCCUGGUGAUAAGACUCGGUACCCGGAAGUUUUUGUCAAGGCUGUGCUUGGAAAUCAGGCUUUGAGGACUAGAACAUCUCCAAGUAAAAGUAUUAAUCCAAUGUGGAAUGAGGAUUUGAUGUUUGUUGCUGCUGAACCAUUUGAGGAGCCAUUGAUUCUCAGUGUGGAAGAUAGAGUUGGAUCAAACAAAGAUGAAGUCUUGGGAAAGUGUUUGAUUCCAUUGCAAAAUGUGCAGAAGAGGCUUGAUCAUAAGCCUGUCAACACUAGGUGGUUUAAUCUCGAGAGGUAUAUCAUGGUAGAUGGAGAGCAGAAGAAAGACACUAAAUUUGCUAGCAGGAUUCACUUGAGGAUUUGUUUGGAUGGAGGGUAUCAUGUUUUGGAUGAAUCAACACACUACAGUAGUGAUCUCAGGCCAACAGCUAAGCAAUUAUGGAGGCCAAGCAUUGGGAUUUUCGAGUUAGGAGUCAUAAGUGCCGUGGGACUUAUGCCAAUGAAAACCAAAGACGGUCGAGGAACCACAGACGCUUAUUGUGUGGCCAAGUAUGGGCAGAAAUGGGUUCGAACUAGGACGAUCGUUGACUGCUCCACUCCUAAGUGGAAUGAGCAGUACACAUGGGAGGUUUUUGACCCUUGUACUGUCAUUACAAUUGGAGUUUUUGACAAUGGUCACAUUCAUGGAGAGAAAGGAGGAAGUGGGAAAGAUGCCAGGAUUGGAAAAGUGAGAAUUCGGCUUUCUACGCUUGAAACUGAUAGAGUUUACACGCAUUCAUACCCUCUUUUGGUGCUGCAUUCUUCUGGGGUGAAGAAAAUGGGAGAAGUUCAGCUAGCAGUGAGGUUCACAUGCUCAUCCUUAAUCAACAUGUUGCAUAUGUACUCACACCCUUUACUCCCCAAAAUGCACUACAUUCACCCCUUGUCUGUGAUCCAGCUAGAUAGUUUGAGACACCAGGCUAUGCAGAUUGUUUCAAUGAGGCUAACCAGGGCUGAGCCAGCUCUGAGAAAAGAAGUUGUGGAGUACAUGCUUGAUGUGGAUUCACACAUGUGGAGUAUGAGAAGAAGCAAGGCUAAUUUCUUCAGAAUCAUGGGAGUUCUAGGUGGUUUGAUUGCAGUUGGUAAAUGGUUUGAUCAGAUUUGUCAUUGGAGAAACCCCAUUACAACUAUACUAAUUCACAUCCUCUUUAUCAUUCUGGUUCUCUACCCUGAGCUAAUACUCCCAACUGUUUUCCUCUACCUUUUCUUGAUUGGGAUUUGGAACUUCAGAUGGAGAUCAAGGCAUCCUCCUCACAUGGACACACGGCUAUCACAUGCUGAUGCUGUUCACCCCGACGAGCUAGACGAAGAGUUCGACACCUUCCCAACAACCAGGCCUUCGGACAUAGUUAGAAUGAGAUAUGACAGGCUUAGAAGCAUUGCAGGAAGAGUUCAGACAGUGGUUGGAGACUUGGCUACACAAGGAGAAAGGUUUCAGUCUCUUCUGAGCUGGAGAGACCCAAGAGCAAGCACUCUAUUUGUGACAUUUUGCUUGAUUGCAGCCAUUGUUUUGUAUGUAACUCCAUUCCAAGUUUUGGCACUUCUUACAGGCAUUUACAUGUUGAGGCAUCCCAGGUUCCGCCUUAAGCUUCCUUCUGUUCCGCUCAACUUUUUUCGAAGGCUGCCUUCAAGAUCAGACAGUAUGUUGUAAAAGGACCAAGGACUAAGUAAGUACUAAGGAGGAAGACUAGUUAGUGUUCCAUUUGAUGUUUUUUACUUUAUUUGAAAUUAUGUUUAUUGUAAUGAAAGCAUGUUUAUUUGUUUUUGAGCUCAUUCCAAGUGGCAAAACUUGUUGAGUUGGUCUGUGUUUGAUUUCAGUCCAAUGCAUGGCAUGUGAUGUAAUGUAAUAAAUAAACAUGAAUAAAAAUGAAAUGAUUGUUGAUAAA